UUUCAAUCGUCAUGCUGCGCCGUGGCUGGCUCGGAUUGCAGGUCGCCGGCGCGCGCCACCGCCAUGCAAGUAGCAGCGGCAGCAUAUCGCUGCGGGCGCUCGACGACAUAUUGCUCGUCGUACAAUUUGAGCGCGACCGGCAACAGGCCGCGACCGGCGUCACGCUCUUACCGGGGCGGUACACGGUGCCGCCGGACCCGAGCCUGCCCGAGCGCCUCCAUGGCAAGACCAUCCACAUCACUGGCCUCCGGACGCUCGGCAACAAAGGUAGCCUGCCGACCUCGUUUGUAGAGGCCCUGACGAACGCCGGCUUUCUGUGGCGCCCACUCGAGCACCGCUGGGCGCUCUUCAUCUCAGCACUCCGCGUCCACAAACACAUCUACGAGCACGUCCUCGUGCGCCAAGACUUCGUCGUGCCGUCUGACGACCCGGCGUGGCCCAUCGAGAUGUGGGGCGCCCGACUCGGUACGAUGGUGACCAAGCUGCGCGCAGAAGGCGAUGCCAAGUGUCCCCCGGCGCGCCGCGCCCAGCUGGCCGAGCUGGGCUUUGCGUGGGACGCGUUCGCGGCCAAGUGGGAGCUUCGCAUCGAAGCCUUGACGAUCUUCCGGGCGCUGUAUGGCCACACGCUGGUCCCGUUCAUCUUUGUGGUGCCAGCGAACGACCCAGCGUGGCCGCGGCGCCUCUGGAACUACAAGCUCGGGUCCGUCGUCAACUACAUUCGGUCGGGCGACGCCGUGAUCCAUUCCGAGCGCCGGACGCAGCUGAACGCGUUGGGGUUCGUCUGGGACGCCAACAAAGAGUCGUUCGAGACCAAACUGCGCGGAUUUACUUGCUAUAGAGCGAUGUAUGGGCACCUCAACAUCUCCAGCACAUUCACCGUGCCGUCGGACGACGCGUGGCCGACAGAUCUCGCAGGCAAACUCUCGGGCACCUUGACUCCGGAGCGCAUCGCUGCCCUCGAUGCGAUCGGUUUUGUUUGGGACGGUGAGACGUAA